AUGGUUGUUCACUCAGGAGAGAAGCUGUUCACCUGUGAAACAUGCUGCAAAUCUUUUUACAGUAAAACUAGACUGAAAAUACACAUGAGAAUACACACAGGUGAGAGACCAUACUCCUGUGGCACCUGUGGGAAAAGCUUCACUCAGACUUCAGGUUUCAAAUACCACAUGCAAAUUCACUCAAGAGAUCAGUAUUUCACCUGCAAAACAUGCAGCAAAUCUUUUAACAAGCAGGAUCAACUAAAACUGCACAUGAAAACACACACAGGUGAGAGACCGUACACCUGUGGCACUUGUGGGGAAAAGUUUUCUCGAAAAACACACUUAGAUCAUCACACCCAAACCCAUAUAGGUGAAAAGCCUGUGGUGCUUAAAGGAAACCAUUAG